AUGUUCGGUUUUGGAAAGAAGAAGGAGACACCCAAGAAAGUUGUUGCGAAAAACUUGGUCAAAGUGGAUAUUCCGUUUGAGGCUCCUCUUCCUGGAAUACAACCACCAAAGGAAAAGCCCUUGAACGACGAGCAAAACCACAAGUACCUGAAGGUUUUGAAACAUUUUCAAGACCCAGAGUUGCAGGUCUCGGUUAAGGAGCAUGAUAAGUCUGAGAAGGCUCCGUUGAUUGAAGAUGAGAAAGCAUGGAUCACCAGAGAAUGCAUUCUGAGAUAUCUGCGUGCGACCAAAUGGAAUACCCACGAAGCCAUCACCAGAAUAGAGGGAACUCUUGCCUGGAGAAGAGAGUUUGGCAUCCAGUAUCAGGACGACACGAAGAACGCUGUUAAUUCAGAGUUGGUUGCGCCUGAAAGUUUGACCGGCAAGCAGGUUGUGCUUGGUUUCGACAACGACGCCAGACCUUGUUUAUAUUUGAAGCCAGGUAGACAAAACACAAAGACUUCACACAGACAAGUGCAACACUUGGUGUUUUGCUUGGAAAAGGUCAUUGAUUUCAUGCCUUCUGGCCAGGAUUCUUUGGCUUUGCUUAUUGAUUUCAAAAACCACCCUGAGAUCAGCGGCAACGUCGAAACCUCGAAGGUUCCUCCUCUUUCGGUAGGUAGAGAGGUCUUGCAUAUUUUACAGACUCACUAUCCAGAGAGAUUGGGUAAGGCAUUGCUAACCAACAUUCCGUUUUUGGGGAGAGCGUUCUUGAAGUUGAUUUACCCUUUCAUUGAUCCACUAACGAGGGAAAAAUUAGUUUUUGAUGCCGAAUUCAUCAAUUUCGUUAAAGGUGAGCAGUUGGACAAAGAUUUCGACGGUUUUGUUGAUUUCGAGUACAAGCAAGAUAUCUACUUCCCUGCUUUGGUGGAAAUGACUGAAGAAAGAAGAAAACACUAUAUGGAGAGAUUCAAUAAAUUCGGUGCCGUCGUUGGCCUCAGUGAAGUAGAUCUUAGAGGAACAGGCGACUCAGUCACCAUUCCAGUGGGCAGACACCCUUACAAUGCCGACGAGCCAGAAAUUACAGCAACAGCAUCAGCAGUUUCCCCUAUAUCCACUACGGCCACCACAACUACUGCUCCGGCAUCAAAUGUUGGUUCCGACAAGAAGGAUGUCGACGAGGUUGUCGGCGCAACUGAAAAGCUGACUUUAUAG